GUGUUCAAGCUUGGAGAAGGGUCGUCAGCACCGAGCAGCAGGAGGACAAACCUCACCUGCGAAAUGGGGCAGGGGAGCAACUGCCCAGACUCUGAAGCUCCGAGAGGAUCAGGGACGGGAAAAGCUCUGGGAGCCGCACUCCACUGAUCAGUGAAGACCCUGAAUCCAAAUCAAGACCAAACCUGGGAGGAAGCAGAACCUGAGACCUGUUGGAAACGUCGGGACUACGGAGGGAAGCAAGUCUGGAUAAUCAGCUCAGUCCCAGAAGCUUCAGAAAAUCUGGACAGCCAGACUCCGGGGUUUAAGAGGACAAGGAAUGGGGAAAAUUGCCGCAGAGUCCCGAAGCCCAGCCGGGAACGGGAGAGGGAGAGGGGCGACCAGCUGUGACCACAGUGCGUGCUCCAGGUUCAUUGGCUGCUUGCGCGGGACGUGGGCCAGACUCGCUAAGUGUGAAGAGGUCUGAGAGACCCUCCCGGAAGAUACGUGGAGCGGGGCGCGGGCCGAGAGCACGACCGUGGUAUCACACCCACUUCUGGGGUAAACUGAGGUCUGGGAAGGAAGCCGCCGCUGCUAUUCCACUUGUCACUUUGGACGGUCAGGGCAGAGCGGGAAGGCGCCCGAGCUGACAGCUCGGCUCUCCGACAGCCCCGACCGCCUCCCUUCCAGUUGUUCCCCACUCCGCCCCAAACGACGUCGUUCCCCUUUUAAAGAAGCACCGAGGGUCCGCGCCUCACCGCCGCAGCCCAUGCGGGCUGCGGCGACGUUGCUCUUUUAAGAAGCAGCUCCUUUUAACUCCCUGCACAGAGCUUUCCCCCGGGACUCGCGGCGCGCGGCAGAAGCCCGCCUCUCUGCGCGGCACUUCCGGACCCCGGCGUUGCCCAUUUAAGAGGCGGUCCACAGCAGCGCUCUCCCCGCCCCCUGUGCCCGGCGCGCGAGGAGGGGGAGCCGGGCUGGAGCCGAGCGCGCGGUCCGCGCGACCACAGGAGAUCGGGCGGCCGGCGGCCGGGCAGGCGGCGGCGGCGGCGGCUUCGGCGGAUGGGGACGCGGAGCCGGGCGGCGGUGACGGCGGCGAGGAAGCAGCUGACGGGCCGGCGGCGGCGGCGGCGCUGGCGGCAGUGACUGGCCCAGGCCCGGCGGCGGCUGCAGCGACACGGUGGCGGGCUGCGGGCGGACGGCGUGAGGAGCGGCGGCGGAGCUGCCGGGAGCCGGGGGUGCCGGGACGCCCCCUGACUAGUCCUCGCAGGCCGCCAGGCCCCCUCCAGCCGGGGCCGUGGAGCACCGAGGCAAAGGCCGGGGCCCCCCCAUGAAGGAGCGCGACGUGGCCCCGGCCGAGCGGGGCAAGCCGGCCACCUACACCGGGGACAAGAAGGCGAAGAUGGCGGCCAAGACCAACAAGAAGUGGGUCCGGCUUGCCACCGUGUUCGCCUACGUGCUCUCCGUGUCGUUGGCCGCCAUCGUGCUCGCCGUCUACUACAGCCUCAUCUGGCAGCCGGUGGGCGCCGGGACCUCCGGGGGAGCCGCUGGCCCGCCCCUCGGCGGCUCCAACGCCACCGGCCCGUCCGGGACUUCGGGGGCGACAACGGUGGGGUCCAAUGCCACGGGGUCGUCCCGCCACGAGGCGCCGCGCGAGGCGCCCCCGCUGCAGGCGGCGCGGCCCCUGGCUCCGGAGCCCUCUGCGGACAGCCCCUUGGCGGAGCCGCUGGAGCGGCCGCGGGGACCCGAGGAGGACGAGGAGGCGGCGGCGGCGUCCGGGAGUCGCUGAACCCCUCCGCGCCAGGGGCGACCGGGAACCAUCCUCCCCAAGCCCGGAGGCAGGAUUUUACAGCCGGACGGGGCGGGGAGCCCGCUGGAGCGACCCCCACGGGAGUGAACGCCCUCUCUCCCUCCGACGGUCGCCAGCUCGCUCCGGGGGCAAGUGGCCUGCAGCCAAUUCUUCAGCCAAGGGACCACGAUUCGCCGGAGGAGACCAUCUGGGAGUCCAAUCCCUGUCCCUGUCCUGACCCCCUGCAUUCUGGACUGUUUAAUCCACAUUGGGAUGGAUCAGAGAGUCUAGAGAGACCACUCAUAGGUCCAGCUGCUGGCCUCCUGACUCCUUAAAGCCUUCACUGGAAUUGGGACAUUAGCUCCAGCUCUAGCUGUGAACAUGACCAGAGACAUUAUUUAUAAUUCAGCCAUUCAAGAUAUACCUGUACUCAAAAAGUCCUGUAUAUUUUUUAAAAGUUUUAUUUUUCAGGUGAACAAAAAUACAUUCUGAGAACUCUACUUAA